AUGUUAGUACUUGGUUUGGUUAUGUUGAUCUGUUAUGCACUCUAAGGUUAUUUAAAUAUGAACAUUGAAUAUUGUGGAGCUUGUUAACUCCGGCAUUGAGGGUUCGUGUAAUCCUACACAGUUAGUGGUGUUCAUCAUCCAACAAGAGGGUGUAGAGUCUAGCAUCUAUCUAUUUAUUCUGUUAUGCGAUCAAUGUUGAGAGUGUCCACUAGUGAAAGUAUGAUCCCUAGGCCUUGUUCCUAAAUACUGCAAUCAUCGCUUGUUUACUGUUUUACUGCUUGUUUACUUCCUGCAAUAUUACCACCAUCAACCACACGCCAGUCCUGGACAGCAAAGCACUUUUCUGGUGCCAUUGCUACUGCUCAUACUUAUUCAUACCACCUGUAUUUCACUAUCUCUUCGCCGAACUAGUGCACCUAUUAGGUGUGUUGGGGACACAAGAGACUUCUUGCUUUGUGGUUGCAGGGUUGCAUGAGAGGGAUAUCUUUGACCUCUUCCUCCCUGAGUUCGAUAAACCUUGGGUGAUCCACUUAAGGGAAAACUGCUGCUGUUCUACAAACCUCUGCUCUUGGAGGCCCAACACUGUCUACAGGAAUAGAAGCGUGCGUAGACAUCAGUAGGGCGAGCGGAGGUAAUAGGGCGGUCUCGCGCACUCCACGACCGCAUCGCGGGUGCGGGCAGGGCCUCGAGGAUAAUGCCCUCGACGUCGUCGGGGUGCCAUGGCAUCAUGUGAUUGUGAGGUAGGGAGGGAGUUCAUCGGAUCGCCGAUGCGCGCCGAGAAAGGGGGCACGCGGCGGGGAGAUUGAGCUAGCUAGGCAGAUGCAUGGUGGCAGGGAGCGCAGUGGUGGUCGCCGGCGCCGAGGACCGAAGGGGGUGGGAUGGGGCGCUGGUCAACAAGACGCAGAUGGAAAGGCGAUGCGGCCAGGUAAGGGUCGUGGAAGAAGCUGUAUCUGGUUUGUCCCCCCUGCUACGCAGGAACCUCCAAAUGCGAGGCCCUGUCCUAUUUUUUGGAUAAAGAAAAUAUAUUAAUAUCGGUAGAUACCAAUUACAUCUAGCCUUUACAGCAACGCAGUACCUUAACGGUAGUACGGAUGCACACAACAAAAAAGAAAAAAAACUAAGAAAAAAAGUCCCACUACGGAACUCCAGUCCUAGCAACAACAGCACAACCACCACCAAGACGGCACCUGAAAUCCAGGCUCUCCACUAGAACAACAAGGAAACGGUGCACAAGCGCCGUUGUCGGUCGAUCAAAAGAGCUUAGGUUUUCACCCUGGAGAUAGUCCUCGCUCUUAAAACUAUAUCUUCAACAAAACCAUUGCCAGGCGCAACCAAUUAAGGCUAGACCUUAGAUUUUCACCAUGAAAAGUAUGACUCUGAACUUCAUAGCUGCCCCCACUUGCAUACUUUUGUUACAAGACCCCGAAAACCAAACAAAUUCGUUAACAACACCACAACUUGAUUCUCCACUUCUAGUCCUCCAAUCCAGCCUUCAAGAAAUUCUCCGUCUCUGAUACGUCAUGGACCAGAAUGUCAUCUACUGGUAACACAGAACAGAGUUUCGCGUUGCUCCCUCCGGAACCAAACGGUCGGAAUAAGAGCAUGGGUGCGCACGACCAAAUACCUCCCAAACCAGCAAAAUCCUGGCACGAGCACUGUUACAUUUAACAGCGGAGCCUUCCGGAGCUCAACAUCCAGCGAAAUCGAGACGGACAUGCAAAAAGAAGAUCUUCGUCCUGUCACGCGAGAAAUUCGAGGACCACCACCUUUAUUCUAGCAGAGCUUAUCUAAGAGAUGGCAAUCCAAUGUGAUGUUUCGUCAGCAUGGCGAAGCCUACAUCAGAACCCACAUCUCCAUGGAUGGACCACUCCGGCCCAUAUCUUGGACCAAAAGCCCAUCUUGACCGGCUGCCAAGAUCCCCGCCGAUCGGAUCAAAGUCCGAACCAGCGGUUCACCGCCGCCUCCACAAGGCCGCUCUGCCAGUGAGCUCUGGCCAGACCAGCGACCUGGCCACGACGCCCAACGUCCACUAGUGCCGCCGGGAAGACGACCGGUCUAGGCGGGGAGCCUAGACCUGCGGUGCACCUACUGCACGUGCAGCCGUGAAGGCCUGGUGAAGACUGUCGCCGCCGCUGGCCGUGGAACGCCGCCCCGACCAUCGCCUGCGUCCGUCCCCGACGACCCAGCCCUAGCCGCAUCGAGGAGAUGGCCGCCACAUCCACCUCCCCUAGCACCAUUCGGUACCAGGGGCCACCGCCACCGCGGCCGGCACCGGCGACAUUGACGGAGAGGAGGGGUUCAGGUGGAGGGAGUGUUGGGGCGGCAUGAUCGGAUCCCUCGACGGUGCCUUGGGGUGCGCCAUGGGAGGAGAGGAGGGGCGGCUGGUUAGGCUCUACCCUAUGGUCGUCGGAGUGGGCGCUCGAUCCGUCCAGUGAGCGUAGCUGCGCUUUCAAGUAAUCAGGUAACUUUAUUUGUAAGUGGGGCCACAAAUGUUUCAAGAGAGAAAAAACUUUGUUCGUACUCCCUUGGGCCUAAAAUAUGUUGCAUAUAAGAUUUGGUCAAAGUCAAACUUUGUAAAGUUUUAUCAUCUAUAUUGAUAAAAAUAUAAACAUAUAUAAUAAAAGAAUAAUAUUUUUAGAAUUGUCAUGAAAUAUAUUUCAUAUUAUAUGCAUUUGUCAUAGUAGAUAUUCGUAUUAUUAUCUAUAUUCUUGGUUAAAGUUUACAUAGUUUGACUUACACGAAAAAUCAUGUGCAACAUAAAAUAGGCAAGGUGGAGUACCUAGUUCUGCCGCACCUGGAGAUAUUAUGGACAUAUCGGAAACUGAGAAUGAACAACGAAGAGCAUCUCCAACAGUCGUUGUAAUCAGCAUUGUAUCUAAAAAAAGUGACUAGUUUAGCGCGAGAGGCGCAAAUUGAUGAUUCAACAGAUACUGCAACUGACGCUGCAAGAUGGAGCGCGCGGCAAAAAUGCUAUCUCGCGCACUAUAUCUACCGCGCCGAAAAGAGCGCGCGGCACAAAUCACGCACAGGAACAACUACUUAUUUUUACAGCUUCUAAAUUUAGAGCUUCUGUUCGAGAUGGAUAUAGCCUCACGCGUGAAAUAUGAAUGAAGCGUGCUGCAAAGUGUUUUUACAACGCCAAAAUUUAACGUGACUGUUCGAGAUGCUGAAGAGCUAAUAAUGCGAGUGGAAGUGACACCAGAGAUGAUGCUUCACUUUCAUAAUUCAGACACCGACGUGCUGGAAGAUGGCUCUGUACUGGUACUGGUAGAGUUCGUGCGGAAGGAGGCUGGAUGCAUGGCCGCGCAUUCUUUACAUGGACGGAUUUUCGACGACAGGGAUGUGUCUGCUGGAUAUGCACCACAUGAUCUCUACUUGCAGACGUACACGAGGUGAUUUCUGCUGCGAUGCGAUAUUAUAUCAUGAUGUUCCGUCGACACGCGAUGCUUGGCGUAUGUAACACAAACACGAGCCCAUGUGCAAUCUCGAUCGGCCCAUCAAAAUCACAUUACGGGACGAUGAAAUCAGAACCAUCUUGUUGCGGUCGGAUACAAGGGACCAAAAUCGAGGUAGCCAAACAAGCAAAACCUAACCAAACUAAAAGUCCAAUCGGCGCGAACGCGAAGAGCCUAAGGAUGGAGAACGGCGACACACGAGCGGGCACGUCGGCGGAAACCUUGGACGAGGAAGGCAGGUCUCCGACUGAUGAGAUCAAGAGAACAAGAACGGAGAACGGCCGCGCACCAUCUUCGUCUCCAGCUCCGCCUCCGCCUCCUCGCCGGGGAAGAGUAGCCUUGCACCCCAAUGGACUUUCUGUGGACGGCAUACCACGUGCCGACGUCAUCGAAUACUACACGCAUCGCGACGGCGCCAUCUACAACAGAAGCACUGAUUCCUUGGCCAAACUAUAUCGUCUCCAUGAUACCAGCGAGACUGGACUGGAGCCAAUGAUGCAGUCGGAACCAAGGGAGAAUUGCUCGCGGAACUGGAGGUCCUGUGAAACACACGAACCUUGCACCAUGAUGCAAAUAUUCUCACUGAAGCUGGCGUACCCUCCUCCAGCUGGUGGUCAAGUUCAGGUGUACGGUUUCAUGGCUGUCCGCGACAGUCUGGACCCUCUGCGCAACUACGUCUUCAACCGCACGAGGGACGAUCCUUUCACCGUGGAACAAGACGGUGGAGUUAUUCCAAUGUCCGGCCCCAAGAGAGGAAUCUGGUGGCACGACAUGGCGCUGGUCGAGUUCGACAUGAGGAUCAAGAGGGGGGACAACGAAGCGGAUGAUCUGCAGCUCAUCGAUGGCGGCGUCUGGUUUAAUGACCGAACCUCGACACACGCUAGAGUGGCCACAAAACGCAUCGAUGGCGACUACGGCUCGGUGGACAUAUGCUACGCACUCCUGCACAGUGCGAUGGAAGCCACUGUGCAGAUUGAGGUAGCGGAGCUGCUCAGUGGCUUCAGCCUCUAUGCCUCGGUGUUCUAUAUCAGUGGUCUGGUGCAACAGGAGAUGCAGCUGUUUGAUGGUGUCAUCCCUGGUCCUGAUGGUUGUCAGAUAUAUAAGCUAGAUAAGUUUGUGCUUGGUAGUGGUGGUCGGACAGAGGUUGCUGCACGUAAGUAUAUGGUUUCUUCUUCUGAUGGUCGUCAUAGAUAUGAGCCAGAGAACUGUGUGGUUGCUGCUGGCGGCGGUGGUCAGAGAUAUGAGCUAGGUAAGUAUGUGAUUGCUUUCCCCAAGCGCACUAAGUUGGGGCUGACGCUGAAGAUCUGUCAAAGUGGUGGCUCAUCGGACUGUGAUGAAGUUGUGAGAUUCUGUAUCAGCCCUGCUAGUACGCAUGGAUGUGACACCUUUGCUUUUGACCUCGGCUUCGCUACCAUACAUGUGAAGAUCUCUUGGUCGACAUUGGAUGUAGGCAUGUGCGAGGAUGAGUCAGGCUGAGUAUAUAUGGUACAAUUACAUAGCAAUUUCACAAUGUACUGCCACUUUGUUAUGUCAGACUACCUGUCGUGCACUUAAUUAUUUAGUGUUAUGCUACCUAAUAUAUAUAGCACAGCUACGUGCUGGCACUCAAUCAAGUAGUAGCGCUGGCACAAUGUACUGCCACUUUGUUAUGCCAGACUACCUGCAGUGCACUUAAUUAGUUAGGGUUAUGCUACCUAAUUUACAUUUGUGUAUAUGGAAGAACACUUUGUGGUGUCCUAAUUAA